AUGGCAGAGAAGGCUUUCCACUGCAUCAGGUCUAACUGUGUUGGUCCUGCUGAUCAAAUUCUCAUAACUGAAGAUAGAAACUCCAUUGUUGACCAAAAGAUGCCAAACGCUACAGAAAUAAAGGAGGAACAGGGAGAACCAGACCUACAGCAGGUGGCUGAGACAAAAGACGAACCACAACCACAACUGAUCAAGAAAGAGCAAAUUGAACUGUGGACCUUUCAAGAUGAAGGGCAAUUUUUACUCAUGCAGGAAACUAGAUCCUCUCUGGUAACUCAUGAAGAAAGAGUCCACAAUGUACCAAAAGUAGAGAUAAAGGAGGAACCAGGACCUGCAGUUCAAGGAGAAUUAGAACCUUCCAGGAUUAAAAAGGAACCAGACCUUGUCCAGGCACAAAAUGAUCCAGAACUGAUGAACAUAAAAGAGAAAAAAGAAGAUUUCUGCACUAAUCAGGAUGAAGAUCAGCUUGUAGUGAAGCAGGAGACUGACAGCAUUAUGGUGACUUCUACUAAUGAGCUAAAAGACGACAGUGAAACAGAACCGAACAAGAACCAAGUACUCUCUGCAAAUGGCCUCAAAGCUGAGGACCAACAUCAGCAAGGAAGCAACCAGAAAGACUCUGUAAGCAGAGAUGCAGAUCUGGAGCCAAAGGCUCGCAAAUUAAGGGGCAAACGUCCAUACUUACCUGUGGACAUGGAAAGCCACUCAUAUGAGCAGGCUUAUCCUUGUAGGUUUUGUCAUAAGUCUUUCAGACACAGCAGUAGCUUGACUCGUCACAGAAUAAUUCACAGGGGAGAGAAGCCUUAUACUUGUGACACAUGUGACAAAUCUUUUAGAUACAUCGGUAGUUUGACUCGUCACAAAAAAACCCACAUGGGAGAGAAGCUUCAUUUCUGUGAGUUGUGUGAUAAAUCCUUCAAAAAACACGGUAGUUUGAUUUGUCACAGAAGAACUCACAUGGGAGAGAAACCUUAUUCUUGUGAUUUGUGUGGUAAAUCUUUUAGACACGGCAGUAGUUUGACUCGUCACAGAUUAAUUCACAGAGGAGAGAAGCCUUAUUCUUGUGACACUUGUAAGAAAUCUUUUAGACACAGCAGUAGCUUGACUCGUCACAGAGUGAGUCACUGGGGAGAGAAGCUUUAUUCUUGUGAGUUGUGUGCUAAACGUUUCAUUACUAAGGCUAUUCUGAAAGAUCACUAUAAAACUCACACAGGAGAUAACAUUUUUCAUUGUGACUCUUGUGAUCAAUCUUUCAUGACUGAGACUGAUCUGGUAGAUCACUAUUGCACUCAUACAGGUCAGAAGCCUUAUUCUUGUGACACUUGUGAUAAAUCUUUUAGACACAACAGCAGUUUGGCCCGACACAGAAAAAUUCACAAAUCUUUCAUGUCUGAGACUAUUCUGAAAGAUUAUUGUAAUCUUUCAGAAACCCUCACAGAUGAGAAGCUAUAUCAGUGUGACACUUGUGAUAAAUUUUUCAAGACUGAGACUAAUCUGAAAGAUCACUGUGUUACUCACACUGGCGAGAAACCUUAUUCUUGUGACACUUGUAAUAAAUCUUUUCGACAUUGCAGUAGUUUGGCUCGCCACAGAAGAAUUCACGAUGAAGACAAGCUCUAUUCUUGUGAAAUUUGUGGUAAAUCUUUCAUGACUAAGACUAUUCUGAAAAAUCAUCAUAAAAUUCACACGAGAAAGAAACUUUGUCCUUGUGACAUUUGCGAUGAAUCUUUCAUGAGUGAGACGAUUUUGAUAGAACAUUAUGCAACUCACAUAAUUGAGACGCCUUAUGCUUGUGACGAUGGUGAUCAAUCUUUUAGACACCGCAGUAGUUUGGCUCCAAGAACUCAUAUGGGUGGGGAGCCUAAAUGAAGCAAUUCCCUACAAAUGUUGUUCUAAGGUGUUUUACAGAGCAAACAUGUCUGAUUUAUAAGGUAAUCUAUUACCAAGUGAGUCGUAUCAAAUUGAUUUCAUUUGUCUGCAUUGUUUCCUAUUUAGUCUUUGUUAUAAUCCAGUGCAGUCAAGUUGAGUUUCUGUUGUAAAGUGAUUUCUAUCAAAGGAAGUCCAGUUGAAUUCAUUGAGUAGAUAAAAAACUGCAGCAAUCCCUCAUACUGAACAAGUGUUUGAAAGUAAAUGUUUCUUUUUGAAAGUGAACUGUCGCCACCAAAUUUUAUAUACACUCUUUUUUUAAGGUUUUAUUGGCUCUAGUGGCCUUUAUUUGAAAGUUAAUCGACAGGAAAGUGGGUAAUGAG